UAAUUGUAGAGUAGAACUGCAUCAUCCAAAAACAUGUUUGCCAAAACAUCGUUUGUUUUGCUCAUGUGCUCUGUGUUCAGUUGUGAAUCGGCCUUCUUGGAUACUUUAGGAAAAUGCAGCAUUUCUGAUGGAGAAUGUCAGAAGAGUCUCUUGCAGUCUGUCAUAAGGGACAUUGGCAAGACUGGCAUCCCUGAAUAUGGCAUUCCACCAAUCGAUCCCUUUGCAAUCAAGGAUCUGACCAUCACCAUACUUGAUUUGGUUAAUAUCACCUUGGUCGAGGGCGUCGCUAAAGGUGCGAAGGAUUGUGUUAUUGACAGAAUGGAAACACACGUGGAAGAUGAAAUGGCAACUUUGGAGAUGACGUGUGACCUAACUAUUAAGGGUAGAUACAAGGCAUAUGGUUCAUCUCCACUGAUCCAGAAUGUUCUUGGAGGAGCCACAGUACAUGGUGACGGAAAAGGAAAGGUUGUCAUAGAUAAAAUGCGGAUGAAAUUCGACUUCCAUUUCUUAGUCAAACAGCGAGAUGGUGAUAUCUACCUUGACUGCCAGAUCGAGGAUGUGAAAUACUCUUACACUUUGGGUAAAGUCACCUUUGCUGCCAACAAUAUCUACUUAGGAGAAAGUGAUGCUAGCACUCUCGUCGUGGGUUUGCUAAAUGACAAUUGGAAAUUCAUCAUGCAAAGCUUUGGGAAACCCUUCCUUGAUAAGGCCAUGGAUAUAGUGUACGAGCAGACUCACAAAUUCUUCGAUGUUGUUCCUACAAAAUAUUACCUCACUGACGACCUCACACCAUACAUCAGUAAAGAACAGCUCUGUGUGUAUCAUUAUAGUAGUAGAACAGCCGCCGCCAACGUAAGAACCAUGUUUGCUAGAAAAGCGUUCGUUUUGUUUGUCUGUUCCAUUUUCCUUGUUUGCGAGUCUGCCUUUGUGGACAACUUAGGAAAAUGUAAAGUGGCGGAUUCCGCGUGCCAAAGUGACCUCUUCCAAUCUGUCUUAAGAGACAUUGCCAAGACUGGAAUUCCUGAGUAUGACAUCCCUCAGAUUGAUCCGUUCCCUGUGAAGAAUGUGACCGUUUCUGUUCUCAAUAUGGUGGAUAUUACCAUGGUUGAUGGUGUUGCUAAGGGUAUCAAGGAUUGCAUCGUCCACAAGUUGGAGACCGACGUAGAAAAUGAACAUGCAACAUUGGAAAUGACUUGUGACAUCACUAUCAAAGGACGUUACAAGGUAUAUGGGAAGUCUGAUCUCAUCAAGAGUUUGCUUGGAGGCAGUACUGUCCAUGGUGAAGGAAUUGGCAAAGUCUCACUGGAGAAAUUCCACAUGAAGUUCGAUUACCAUAUCUUAGUGAAAGAAAUUGAUGGGGAAGUGCUCAUCCAAUGCCAAUAUCAGGAUCUGAAGUACACCUAUUCCUUGGGCAAGGCUACUUUUGCUGCUAACAAUCUGUUUCUCGGGAAGACAGAAGCCAGCGGCCUCAUCACGAGUUUCCUCAACGACAACUGGAAAUUCGUCAUGGAUACCUUCGGGAAGCCUUUCCUCGACAAAGCCAUGGACAUCGCCUAUGAACAAAGCCACAAAUUCUUCGACGUCGUUCCUACUAAGUAUUAUCUCCUUGACGAUUUGACUCCUUAUAUCAAGAAAUCGAAAUAAAUCUUCCUUGUAAUUUGAGUCAAUUCGAUGAUCGGAGCAAAUGGUGGGAGCGGAUGUGAUUUUAGUUAAUAAAAUGUAAUUAUCUUUAUCUUUAAAACGUAGAGAUUAGACUUUCCUUCCUUGCUUUAAUUUAGUGCAAUAAAAUAAGUAGGUAAAAGGAA